AUGGAGCAGGAUCCGGAGGAGCAAGAGCACUACAAGUCGGUACUGUUGUCGUUCCGCGAGUAUGAGUCCUACAUGAUGCGCGAGAUCUACCGGCGCAAGAAGCACAUGCAAGCGAUGCCCGUCGACAUGCAGCGCCGCCUCCCGCCAUCGUCCACACUCCGCAACUUGCACCACUUCGUCAACGCGACGCACCACAACCAGAUUCUGUUCGAGCGCAUAGUGCAGGCUCAGCUGGAGAAUGGGCCAGCUUAUGAGCUGCCCGAGGUCACGCCCAAGACGCCGCUGCGAAGCCCUCUGCGUCACUUCUCCAAGCUCAAGAGCACGCUGCACCAGUUUGUGCGGGAUUGGUCGGACGAGGGUAAGAAGGAGCGUGACAUGUGCUAUACCCCCAUUAUCAAAGAGCUACGUCGCGUCCUGAUGGUGGAUCCAGAUAGCCCGACGGAUCGCCCUCGUGUGCUGUUGCCUGGGGCGGGGUUAGGACGGUUAGCGCUGGAGAUCGCCUCUUUGGGCUAUGCUGUCCAAGGCAACGAGUUCUCGUAUCAGAUGCUGUUUGCAAGCAACUUCAUUCUCAACUGGUACAGCUCCACCUUGCUCGGUAUUGUUGUCGAUAGUUUGCUAAAUUAUUACUCUACUGUCGCCAACAGGAUAUCGCGGCCUAUGGAGUUGGAGAUCCACCCGUGGAUUCACAACCCGUCUAAUGCGAUGACAGUCACGGACUUGCUGCGUCCCGUGGCUAUCCCGGAUGUAGCACCAGCGGAGCUCUUGGGUCUUAACACCGGCACUGCCAUCCCGCCCGACUUCUCUAUGUGUGCCGGCGAGUUCCUGGAGGCCUACGCGAAUGACAAGGAAUGCUGGGAUUGCAUUGUGACGUGCUUCUUUAUUGAUGCGGCGCCGAAUGUGAUCGAGUACAUUGCUGCUUUUGAGCGUCUACUGAAGCCUGGAGGCUACUGGAUCAACCUGGGCCCUCUGCUGUACCACUGGCAAGACGGAAGUGGCGAAGAUGACGAGCGUUAUGACCAGUCGGUGGAGCUUACGUACGAGGAGAUCAAAGCUGUCAUGAGCACGUACAACUUUCGCAUCCAGAAGGAGUCCCAGCGCGAGUGUCUGUACACGAACAACAUUAAGAGUAUGAUGAAGACGGUCUUCAAUUGUGCCUUCUUUACCGCCAUCAAGGAGGCCGGCCGUGUCUAG